UCCGAGUUCGGUUCUAGCCACCUGGUCGUUCACUUCUCUCCGCUAUUCCGGGUCAACUAUUUUCGACUCGUCCGUUUCGAACAGUUCUCGUGCACAAGAAGCAUAGCCGCGAGUGCGUCGAUCCUCCUCCGUUUCAAAAGCAUCUCCAUUAAUGAACGUAAUCGUUUCGAGGCUGCGACAGCGUUUCUAUCCUGCCGAAGAGAAACACCACCACCACCACCACCAUCAUUCACGUGAACGAUCAAUCUCGGUGAUAUCGAAUACAGGAUGACGUUGACGUGUUGGGAAAAAAUCUCGCUGGUCGCGUUAGCAGCGAUUGGACUACGAAUUUUAUUACGAGUCAGCCUUCUCGUAUGGAAAAAACUGAUAGGACCCAGCUUCGGUUUCGGCAUCAACCUGAGGUCGCAGGGCAGCUGGGCAGUGAUCACAGGUGCUACCAGUGGCAUUGGAAAAGCGUACGUGGAACAGUUCGCCAGCAAGGGUUUGGACAUCGUACUGGUUGCACGGUCCCAGUCCAAACUUGAGGAGGUCUCUGCAGAGAUCAAGCAACGCUACGGAGUCGACGUUCGAACCGUGGAAGCUGACUUGACCGAGGGACAAGCGGUUUACUCCAAGGUCGCUAAAGCCACCGAGGAGCUUGAGUUGGCUGUGGUCGUGAACAAUGCCGGGGCUAGUUACGACCAUCCGGAUCUCUUCACCAACAUCUCCGAAGAACGUUUGGCGACAAUCUUGCAGCUAAACGUUGCGGCGGUAACAGGAAUCUCGAGGGCCCUUCUCCCUCAAAUGUUACGCCGCAAGAAAGGAGUUUUGAUAAAUAUCGGUUCGGCGUUAGCAGUGAUACCAGCUCCUUAUUUAGCGGUAUAUGCCGCAAGCAAAGCCUACAUCGUGAAACUCAGUUACGAUUUGGCCGCAGAAGCCGAACCGAACGGAGUGACCGUUCAAUGCGUCACUCCUGGCCCGGUGGCCACCAAGAUGUCAAAGAUCAAAAAACCGACAUGGAUGGCACCAACGGCAGAGAAAUUCGUAGAGGCUUCUUUAAAAACGAUCGGUCUCGAAGCCUGUACAACCGGCUACCCUCCGCACCUGCUCAUGACCGGUUUUGUCCACGGAUUACGUUGCGUUUGCGAGAAAGGAGCGCUGUGGUUAAUCUCGAGAACCAUGUGUACCAUAAGAAAUCGUGCCUUGGCCAAGAAAAAUAGAGAAAUAGAUUCGCUAAAGAAAGAGCCAUCGCUUUCUGCCAAAUAACCUUUUUCACAGAUAAUGCUCUCUUCCUUCAGUUACGGUAGUGGAUAUGAAAAUACUUUAUAUAGUGAAACACAUCCCCAUGGGAUCCUAUAUAAGCGAUCCUACGUGUAAUUUCAAGUCGAACGUUCUACUUGUUAAUGAAAUUACAUUGUACGCUAAUGGGUCGAAAAUGUCGCCUUUUAUGUCUUUCGAUAACUCUUUUCUUUAGUUAAAUUGUUAAAUCGUUUGUACAUACA